AUGGACAACCCGACCCGCUGCUCCGUUAUCAUAGUCGGAGCUGGAAUCUCAGGAAUAACGGCUGCGAAGGUGCUGGCGGAGAAUGGAGUGGAGGACGUGGUGAUACUGGAGGCGGCGGACACGAUUGGCGGCCGGAUAAGGAAGGAGAAGUUCGGCGGCGUCACGGUGGAGCUCGGCGCCGGAUGGAUCGCCGGCGUCGGCGGGAAGCAGUCGAACCCGGUCUGGGAGCUGGCCCGCCGGUCCAAUCUCCGCACGUGUUUCUCCGACUACAGCAACGCCCGUUACAACAUUUACGAUCACAGUGGGAAGAUAUUUCCGAGCGGCGUAGCGGCGCAGUCCUACCAGAAGGCGGUGGAGUCUGCCAUACAGAAGCUACGCCACCUGGAAUCCAAUCCACACGUUCAACCCAAUUUACUUCCAACCGAUGACAUGGCUCCAGCUCCAAAGUCUCCAAUAGAGCUGGCAAUUGACUUUAUCCUUCAUGACUUUGAAAUGGCAGAGGUGGAACCAAUAUCAACUUAUGUAGAUUUUGGUGAGAGGGAGUUUCUGGUAGCUGAUGAGAGAGGGUACGAGCAUUUGCUGUACAAAAUGGCGGAGACUUUUCUUGCCACGUCACACGGUCAAAUCACGGACACGCGGUUAAAACUCAAUCAGGUAGUUCGGGAAUUGCAGCACUCGAGAAACGGCGUAACGGUGAAAACGGAGGAUGGGUCCGUUUACGAGGCCAAUUACGUCAUUUUGUCCGUUAGCAUUGGCGUCCUUCAGAGCCACCUCAUUUCCUUCUCACCCCCGUUGCCCAGAUGGAAAACGGAUGCUAUUUCAAAUUGUGACAUUAUGGUGUACACGAAGGUUUUCCUCAAGUUCCCGCGUAAAUUUUGGCCCUGUGGUCCCGGCAAAGAGUUUUUCAUCUACGCACACGAGCGUAGAGGCUACUACACGUUUUGGCAGCACAUGGAGAAUGCGUAUCCGGGCUCAAACAUCCUAGUUGUUACCCUAACAAACGGCGAGUCGAAAAGAAUCGAGGCACAAGCGGAUGAAGAAACGAUGAAGGAGGCAAUGGAAGUGUUAAGAAACAUGUUUGGACAUGAUAUACCAUGUGCCACAGACAUCCUCGUACCCCGUUGGUGGAAUAACCGUUUCCAGCGUGGCAGUUACAGUAAUUACCCCAUUUAUGUCAACCGUCAACUUGUCGAUGACAUUAAGGCGCCGGUUGGACGAAUAUUCUUCACGGGCGAACAUACGAGCGAGAAAUUCAGUGGCUACGUGCAUGGAGGUUACUUUUCAGGGAUUGAGACAAGCAAAGCCUUAAUUGAAGAAAUGAGAGCAGAAAAGGAAAGGAGAAGAGAAAGUCAAUCAUUGUUAAUGGAACCUCUGUUGGCCUUAUCCUUACCACCGUUGGCUGCUCAACCGAACAUCCCCAAGUUCGACACGCCCAGACAGCUUUUCCUUCACACCAAUCUCGUAAACGAACCAAACAAAUCUUAA